UCGCAGCACUACUGUUUACUGUAAUUAUAAUGAAGCUAUUCGCAGUCUUGUUCCUGAUAGGCGUGCUUACGAUUGCCUGUGCUAAAUCCGCCCCAACAGAAAUGAAAGAAGAAACGACCACAGCAUCCGAACCGGAAACCAGUGACAGCACGCCGGAAUCAGACGAAUCGCCGGACGUGAAAACGGACGACAACGCGAAGGAUAAGCCGGACUUGAGCCCGAUCGACUUCGUGUCGGAGGUGAUCAAAUCUGCAAUGGAUCGAGUUACUUCCCGUUUGAAGGAGCGAGUGAAUGUGGUUCCAUUCUCGUUUUAACACACACGCCUCCCAGCACCUUUCGGACUCUUCGUCAAUGAGCAACAACAUAAAUACAAGCUUUUCAGCGUGAAUACUUGAGACAGUGGAUUUUGUUUUGUUUCUUUAUAAUUUAAACGCCCCAGCAGGGCCGAUGUUCGUACGUAAACUAGACAUAAAACAUACUCGUGCGCGAUACACAUAUACAUAUCGUAAGUUAUGAUCAGCUGCACAUGGUGUAGGUGUAUUCUUCUUUUAGCAAAUCAUAAUUGCAGUUUUGUUUUCGUGUGAAAAAGAGAGCGGAUGUUUCCUUUGUUUUCCUUUUUUGUUUCGUGCAAAACGAGAACACAGUCUGGAGUGUACGGAGUUGUAAUUAGCUAAUGCGUUUGAUAUGCGCUAAAAUAUAUGUAUAUAUAUAUAUAUA